AUGGGACAAAUGUGGGAAAGCCCUUAAAGUAUAUAAUAGAGUCAAAUUAACUAACUCCCCUUCUUAAUUUUAGAAAAGUAUGCUUAAUUAUAAAAUAAUAGGGUUACCCUCAAUUAAGAUAUAUUAUAAGCAUCUCUAUUCAAAAAUAACAAUUUUAGGUCAAGGAUUAAAUAAUCUUCAGUUUAACCGAAAUUUUAAAACUUGGAAAGCCUCAACUUACUUAAUGAUAUAAAUAGAAUAUAACAUAGUGAUUUUCUUGAUAUAUUUACUUAAUUAAUCUAAGUACUAUAUGAAAUGCAUAAGAAAAAUUUAUAGGAAGAUCAAUAUCAUUUGGAUAUAUAAUUUCUGUAACGACUACUAAAAAACUUGUUUAUGGCUUCUUAGGAUUUUUUCUUAUGGUUAAGUAAAUCUAAUCUACUUCAGAAUAUUUGUACAAAAUGAUAAAUACCUAUGAAUCAGAUUGUUGGCUGGUAGCAAAAAUAAUGUGGCAAUUAUAUAGUAAAUAAGAUUUUUUUUACAACAAAUCAAUUUAAGAACCAGGAGAGAAUGUAUAGAGUUACAAAUUAACUCAAUAAAAAUUAUAUAACUAAGAAUUUCAACCAAAUAAACUAGUUUAAUUUAUAAAUAAAAUGCUACUAGUUUAUCCUGGGUAAAGAAUAACUUUAUUUCACUUGCUAAAUUGA